UUCUAUGAUUGCAAUAUAUACCUUCUUUGCACUCCAUCUGCUUGGGGCUCAAUCUGCUUCUCUGACUUCAACAGCUCCUCAUCGAUUGAAACUAAAUCCUGCAGCCAACAUGGCCACUGAAAAAAGACUGUCUGCAAGGCGUAAGCAUACUCUGAAGAGCUGUAUGCUAGUUGUUGCAAACAAUUUACUGGAGGCAGAGUCUCAGGUGAAGGCCACAGAGAGAGAGAAGUUCCUGGCAGAGAAAUGUCCUCCCUUGGAUGUGCCAUACUCCAGGGAGGAGCUAAUGGAACUUUGCCAGAAACUCCAUCAGCAAAUCAACAUCAGUGAAGAGGAGAGAUACUGUACAGAGUUUAAACUGAACAUGGUCCUCAAUGAGGUUAGAGACCUAAACAUCAAGAUUGUGGAUCUCAGAGGAAAGUUCAAAAGACCCCGACUGAAGAAGGUGCGUAUGUCUGCUGAUGCCAUGCUGAAGGCUUUGCUGGGCUCCAAACACACCGUUAACAUGGACUUGAGGGCAAACCUGAAGCAAGUCAAGAAGGAGGUUAAAGAGGAGGACAAGCAGCUGCGUGAUGUGGGAGACUGGCGCAAGAACAUUGAAGACAAGUCUGACAGGAAGAAGAUGUUUGACAGUUAAAAUGAUCUAUCAAUGGCUCAUUAGAACAACUCAGAAUCAUUAUUUUGAGGUUGUGUUAAGAGGUCGUAAAUUUUCUUAGAGACUAAAUUUGUAACUUUUUAAAACAGACAAUAGCUGUAGACCUACUGCUGUCAGAGAGGGACCUCUGAUGUAUUAUAUUCUGGUAGAAUUUACCUUCAGUUCCUCUUUUUUUGGUCAAUUUCGGAAGGGUCGAAAUAGAGUUGAAACAUUGCAUUUAAAAGGAAUAACCACUUCUCACUGGAAGAUCUCUGAAAGGUAAAAAAAAAAAAAAACAAGCAUAAGAACUGCUAAUGUUGAACAAAAAUGGCAAAUUGCUCCCUAUUUUAUAAAGGCUCCUUCUUUUGAAAGUUCUUGUUUAAAAACUUGCAUGAUUCUUACAAUCAAAGCUUCAGUGGUGACAGUAGUUAUAGUCCUAAACAUUGAAAUGUCCAUGUAAAUGAAAUGUUAUUCUGAGAUUAAAUACAGGUCUGACCUUGUUCAAUAUCGUAUUUGAUUUAUAAGCAGUUAAUAGCUUCUUGUAGUGACAGAUAUUCCGAUUGUUGUCUUAUUUCACAUGGAGAGCUGUGAAUGUUUUGCUGAGGUUUCUGUUCAGGGAGUGGGGAUUGGCUCCUGUAGAAAGUGAUGGUUUUCAAGCCAGUCCAAACUGAUGUUUGGGUCUUGCUUAGAUUUUUCACGUAUUCUUUUGAUGUAGGUUCUCUUAGCUGUUCAUGUAUUGUUACAGGGACUUAAAGAUAAUCCUAA